GAAAGCCGUCUCUCUCUCUCUCUCUCUCUCCCGCGAAAGAUGGAAAACCGAAAGUACUUGUUGUCUCCUAUCACCAUAGCUUGAGCAACUUGAAGUUCAUUCUAGGGUUUAGCAGCUACGCCAGAGGAAGUACUGCAUACUGAAUUUACUGCCUCUCCUCAAACCAGACCAGAGCUGUCACACGAGGCUCCCCAUUCAAUAGCAACCGCGAAAAAAAAAAACCCAGGAAGUAUGAACAAUGGUGAUGGAAGACGACUUAACAGAGAGGAAGAAGAAGAGGAUGAGGAAGAUGAUGAAAAUGGAAGAGGCCUCGAUGCCUGGGAGAGAGCUUACGCAGAUGACAGAUCCUGGGAGUCUCUGCAAGAGGAUGAAUCUGGCCUCCUUCGCCCAAUUGACAACAAAACUCUCUACCAUGCUCAGUACCGCCGGCGCCUGCGCUCUCUCUCCUCUGCCUCAACUGGUGCUCGAAUUCAGAAGGGCCUCAUUCGCUACCUUUAUAUUGUCAUUGACCUAUCCAAGGCGGCUUCAGAGAUGGAUUUCAAACCAAGUCGAAUGGUUGUAGUUGCUAAACAAAUUGAGGCUUUCAUUAGGGAGUUCUUUGACCAGAAUCCACUGAGUCAAAUUGGUCUGGUAAUUAUAAAAGAUGGGGUUGCUCAGUGCCUAACAGAUCUUGGUGGCAGUCCUGAGUCCCAUGUUAAAGCUCUGAUGGGUAAGUUGGAGUGUUCAGGUGAUUCCUCUCUUCAGAAUGCCCUGGAUCUUGUUUGCGACUAUCUAUGUCAAAUCCCAUCAUAUGGUCACCGUGAAGUUCUCAUCCUGUAUUCGGCUCUCAGUACCUGUGAUCCAGGGGAUAUAAUGGAGACCAUCCAGAAGUGCAAGAAAUCUAAAAUCAGGUGUUCAGUUAUCGGUCUCUCAGCGGAAAUCUUCAUAUGCAAAUAUAUUUGCCAAGAAACUGGUGGAUUAUACUCUGUCGCACUGGAUGAGUCUCACUUAAAAGAGUUGGUACUGGAGCAUGCGCCGCCACCCCCAGCUAUAGCAGAAUUUGCAAUUGCAAAUCUGAUCAGGAUGGGAUUUCCCCAAAGGGCAGCAGAGGGUGUUAUCUCAAUUUGUUCAUGUCAUAAAGAGGCUAAGGUUGGUGGAGGAUACACUUGUCCAAGAUGUAAAGCACGCGUUUGCGAAUUACCUACUGAAUGUCGCAUUUGUGGCCUGACUCUUGUUUCUUCUCCCCAUUUGGCAAGAUCAUUUCACCAUCUCUUCCCCAUAACACCAUUUGAUGAUGUGUCUCUUCCCUCCCUUCCAAUUGGUCCUCAUCAAAUGCUCCCAAAGAAUUGUUUCGGAUGCCAGCAAAGUCUUUGUGAUCCUGGAAAUAAGCCCAUCCCUUGUGUCGUUUGUCCAAAAUGCAAUCAACACUUUUGCCUCGACUGUGAUAUAUACAUUCACGAGAGUUUGCAUAACUGUCCAGGUUGCGAGAGCUUCAGGCAAUCAAAGUUAGUUAGUGCUACGUAGAAGAAUGACAUCUUCAAGUUUUGUAUUUUUUCCUUCAGUCUAAGACUCAUGCCCACAAGUUCCAGGUCCACCAGCGCAACAGAAAAAUGUGGUUUCGGAUAUUCACAAAAAAUUUCACCAGCUCAGAAAGACGUUUGUGGACAAUCCUUGUUUCUGUGAGGGACAUCUGGCGCAAAGCUCACAAAUCCGAAGAAACCCUGAGUUGAUCGGAACUUACUGCGAACCCAUUGUUAUAGAGAAGAGAUUAGUGCAGGAAUUUCUUUAUAUUGUGCACUCACUCCAAAUUUUGGAUAAUACUAAUUCUUUGUGUCAAAUAGGUCAUGUGACAAAAGUGAGUUAUUCGGGUUCCCCGCUUGAUUGACUAUACAAACUGUGGUCAAAGACUGAAAAUGCUGCGGCCAGGAUCCUAUACUUGUGGGUAUUUUGAUCCUUUGUUUUUUAUGGCAUCUGGGGAUUUUGAUCUUAAAUUUGGUUAAGAAUUCCAUUCACGUUGAGCGCUGUAGCUUCCUUAUAACUAUCUGGUCCUUUCCAAUCUGUUAUGCAUUGAGAUUGAGCAUUUGGCUGUGAGUUUUUGCUAUACGGAGCUGGGAAUUCUGUGAAAUUCAAUCCAGGGAAUGAGCCUGUGGAGUUUUGCACAAGAUAUAUAGUCGGUCAAUUAGUGUUUUGUCAGUACAUAAUUGUGUGGUUUGUCCGAUGGGGAUCAGAAUCUAUUGUUUGUUUGGUUUUUGAAGAGAGUAGUUUUUCUUUUUCUUUCUUUAAGUGCACAUUUCUUUUCGACGCCUGAUACCGUCCAGGAUACUCAGUCCAUGAAAGUGUCCGGGAAAGAAAAUUAUGGACCAAGUGUCCUGGAUCCCAACACUUUUGUUUCUAUUCACGCCCCAAAAACACACGCUUAGGGGCAUAUCCGAGCUAUAUCAAACAAGAAAAGACACUUCUGGUUUGGCAGCACUUGGUAAGGUGAAAGUAAAGGUAACAAUGUUUGAAAGCCUUGAUUUCGAAGGCAAAUUCUAAGAAUGCAGGGAAAGAUAGGUGGUCUUAUUUCAAAGGCAAAUUCUAAGAAUGCAAACAAUGAAAUUUCCAAUGGCACUAUGGCUGGAUUUGAGUUGUUUGGAUUUACCUUGAGUGGAGAAACUCCUAUGACAAACUCGCAGAGUUCCAAUAAGAGGAGCUGUACUAAGGUCCACAAACAAGGCAGCUUGGUUGGUAGAGCUAUUGAUCUUUUGAGACUGAAUAGCUAUAAUGAGUUGCUGAUUGAGCUAGAGAGGCUCUUUGGCAUGGAAGGGCUUCUACGUGAUCCUGAUGUAGGAUGGAGAAUCUUGUACACUGAUAGCGAGAAUGACAUGAUGGUUGUUGGGGAUGACCCAUGGCACAAGUUUUGUGAUUUGGUGUCCAAGAUCCAUAUCUACACCCAAGAAGAAGUGGAGAAAAUGACAAUGGGUAUGAUCAGUGAUGACACUCAAAGUUGUUUGGAGGAAGCAGUACCAACUGUAAUGGACGUGUCCAAGUCCUCUUCCAUCAGCCAGCCGGAUUCUCCUACUACACUAGCUCGGAUGUAGGGUUUGGGCCAGUGUUAUAAGUACUAUGUUUGAUGUAUGCAAAAGUGUGUAUGUGUACUCAUGUCUGGUUGCUGUUCUUGUUGAACAUAAUUAAGCUGAAAUACUACGUCAAAUUAACUAGGGUAUUAUGAACUCUUAUGUAUUGAUUUUUGCCGGAUACUUGUUGAAUAUUUGGUCUGGUGUGUACUUGCACUUGUUUGAUCAUUCAUGUAGACUUGGUAUCUCUCAAUGAGAAAUUUUUGGUCCUA